GCCAGAGUCUCUGGGCGGGGCCAAUCCGUCCUACGGUCGGAGCGGAAUCUUCUUGCCACGUGACUCCGCCCCCCUGCCGGAGAAGCGAGAUCGCUCCGUCAGAGGCGCGCGACGGCAGUGGGAUCCCAGAAGAUGCUGAAGACACGGGAGCGUCUGCUUUCCCCGAGACCCCCCUCCAGAGAAGAUGAGAUGAUGGUGCCUGUACUAGGUCCAAAGAAAGCCAGCCAGCUCCCCGUCAACGAAGUGGCCUGCAUCCUUCAGGCGGAGCUGCAGCUGGGUCUGUCGCAGGAGGAGGUCGCCCGGAGGAGGGCCUACCACGGCUGGAAUGAGUUCGACAUCAGCGAGGACGAGCCCCUCUGGAGGAAGUACAUGUGCCAGUUCAAGGACCCUCUCAUCCUGUUGCUCCUCGCGUCCGCUGUCAUCAGUGUGCUCAUGCACCAGUUUGAUGAUGCCAUCAGCAUUACUGUGGCCAUAAUCAUAGUUGUUACGGUUGCCUUUGUGCAGGAGUACCGUUCAGAGAAAUCUCUAGAAGAGUUGGGGAAGCUGGUUCCUCCAGAAUGCCACUGUAUCCGUGAUGGACGUCUGGAGCAGCUGUUGGCCAGAGAACUGGUCCCAGGAGACACCGUCUGUCUGUCCGUUGGGGAGAGGGUCCCGGCCGACCUGCGUCUCUUCGAGGCCAGUGACCUGGCUGUGGACGAGUCGAGCCUGACUGGGGAGACCUCCCCCUCCUCCAAGACCACGGCCCCCCAGGACCCGGCCAGCAACGGAGGGGACAUGGCCUCGCGCAGCAACCUGGCCUUCAUGGGGACACUGGUCCGCUGUGGCAAGGCCAAGGGCAUCGUCAUAGGAACCGGAGAGAACUCAGAGUUUGGGGAGGUGUUCAAGAUGAUGCAGGCAGAGGAGGCUCCUAAGACACCGCUCCAGAAGAGCAUGGACCUGCUGGGGAAGCAGCUCUCGCUCUACUCCUUCUGCAUCAUAGGGGUGAUCAUGCUGGUUGGCUGGCUCCAGGGCAAGCGGAUCAUGGACAUGUUCACCAUCGGCGUCAGCCUGGCGGUGGCGGCCAUCCCAGAGGGCCUCCCCAUCGUGGUGACGGUGACCUUGGCCCUGGGGGUCAUGCGCAUGGUGAAGAAGAGGGCCAUCGUCAAGAAGCUGCCCAUCGUGGAGACCCUGAGCUGCUGUAACGUGAUCUGCUCUGAUAAAACCGGCACUCUGACCAAGAACGAGAUGACGGUGACUCAGGUGUUCACGUCGGAUGGCCUCCACGCAGAGGUGACGGGCGUUGGCUACAACGGGGCGGGGGAGGUGCUGCUGGACGGAGACGUGGUGCACGGAUACGCCUGCCCCUCCAUCAGCAAGAUAGUGGAGGUGGGGUGUGUGUGUAACGACUCGGUCAUCAGGAACAACACACUGCUGGGACGACCCACAGAGGGCGCUCUCCUCGCGCUGGCCAUGAAGGCCGGUCUGGAGUCGGUGCAGCAGGAGUUUGUGCGUCUGGAGGAGCAACCGUUCACCUCGGAGAACAAGUGGAUGGCCGUCCGCUGCGUCCACCGCACCCAGCAGGACCAGCCCGGGGUGUUCUUCAUGAAGGGGGCGUAUGAGCAGGUCAUCCGCUACUGCACCUUCUUCAACAGCCAGGGCGCCGCAGUACCGCUCAGCCAGCAGCAGAGGGAGCUGUUCCAGCAGCAGAAGAGCUACAUGGGGACGGCCGGCCUCCGAGUCCUGGCGUUUGCGUCGGGCCCACAGAUGGGCAGCCUCACCUUCCUGGGCCUGGUGGGCAUCAUCGACCCCCCGAGGUCAGGGGUCAAGGAGGCGAUCGGCACGCUCAUCGGCUCGGGGGUCGCCAUCAAGAUGAUCACCGGAGACUCCCAGGAGACGGCUGUCUCUAUAGCCAGCAGGCUGGGUCUCUACACCAAGGGGUCUCAGUGUCUGUCCGGGGAGGAGGUGGACCAAAUGGACCUGCAUCAGCUGUCCCAGAUUGUCCCGAGGAUCGUGGUGUUCUACAGAGCCAGCCCCAGGAACAAGCUGAAGAUAGUGAAGUCCCUCCAGAACAUCGGCGCGGUGGUUGCCAUGACGGGGGACGGCGUUAACGACGCGGUGGCGCUGAAGGCGGCGGACAUCGGCGUGGCGAUGGGGCUAACGGGGACGGACGUCUGCAAGGAGGCGGCCGACAUGAUCCUGGUGGACGACGACUUCGCCACCAUCCUCUCUGCCAUCGAGGAGGGGAAGGGGAUCUACAACAACAUCAAGAACUUUGUCCGCUUCCAGCUGAGCACGAGCAUCGCAGCGCUCACCCUCAUCUCCUUGGCAACGCUGAUGAACUUCCCCAACCCGCUGAACGCCAUGCAGAUCCUCUGGAUCAACAUCAUCAUGGACGGCCCCCCCGCACAGAGUCUGGGCGUGGAGCCCGUGGACCGGGAGGUGAUUCGCCAGCCCCCCCGUAACGUGAGGGACAGCAUCAUCACCCGCAGCCUGCUGCUCAAGGUGCUGCUGUCAGCCUUCGUCAUCGUCUGUGGCACGCUCUUCGUCUUCUGGAGAGAGUUGCGGGACAACGAGAUCACGCCUCGUGACACCACCAUGACCUUCACCUGCUUCGUCUUCUUCGACAUGUUCAACGCCCUCAGCUCCCGCUCCCAGACCCGCAUGGUGCACGAGAUGGGUCUGUGCAGCAACAGGAUGUUCUGCUACGCCGUGCUGGGCUCCAUCAUGGGCCAGCUCAUGGUCAUCUACUUCCCUCCCCUGCAGAGCGUCUUCCAGACCGAGAGCCUCAGUGUCCUGGACCUGGUGUUCCUGCUGGGCCUCACCUCCUCGGUGUGUGUUCUCUCUGAGCUGGUGAAGCUGGCCGAGCGUUGGCGCGGCGCCCGGCAGGACCGCGGCCGCUGCUCUGACUCCGCCUCCGACGCCGACACCUUCCACGAAGUAUGACCCCCCCCCGGAGCCGACCAAUCCCAUCGUACGCACACUGGAGGGGGGGGCGGGGCUUGGACUGCAACGGGGGAGAAGGGGGGAGAGAGGGGGCCGCGGGAGAGAGAGACUCUGAGACUGAAGCCGCCCCCCCCCCCCCGAGGAGCCCAGGUAGAGGGAGGAGUCCCAAGAUGGCGUCCUCUGUCGUGGCUCCUCCCCCUUGGCGCCCCUGGGGUUGGGAGUGUGUGUGUGUGUGUGUGUGUGUGUGUGUGUGUGUGUGUGUGUGUGCGUGCUAACCUGCUGUAGCAGCACUGCUCCCCCCCCUGACUUCACUUCCCUUUGCCCUCUCCCCCCGUCGUGGUUUAGGUUGUUAUUUAAGAAGAUUUUAUUUAACGUUGGGGCUGCUGUUUUCCCGGGGGUCUGAGUCUGAGGACCGGACGGUUCCCCCUGUUCCUCUGCUCUCAUGCCGGGCUGUGGGGGGGGUGGUGGGGGUGGUGGUGGUGGUGGUGGGGGUGGUCCUUUCUGUUCAUGCUGUGGUUUGAAGUGGCUGGUCCACUGGGGUCAGUGGAACCAGACCUCGUUGUCCGUCGGCCAAUCGUAAACUCGCGACAUUCAUCUCUCCUCCCCCAUCAUCAGGUGCUUUCAGAGUAAAAGCCCCCUAGCGUCAUUUGCUUCUUUAUCCCCCUCUCUCAUUUUGUGCCUUAACAAAGCAUUUACCCCCCCCCCCCAACCCAAGGGUGCGGGGGUCUUUUAUCCCAAGGUCCCCCUGAUAUCCUCCUACACUGGGCCAGGUGCAUUCUGGGAAGAGUUAACCAAGGUCCCGGUGCACCGUUAGCUUUAUGUUUAGCCCCUCUGUGCUAACCCCUGGUCAGCUGCUCCACCGGUAGAACCACUACGGCCCGGGGGUUCUGCGGGGAACACCGCGGCACACUUCAACAACGGUCGACGCAUUAAAAUAAUUUUAGAACCUCAGCUUUAUCUCAUUAUUCCUCCUCACACCGCCCUACUGCCACGCUCCCAUUGGUUCACCACGAACAGCGAGGGUCACAUGACGGAUCCGCCACACUGUGGCCGGUUCACCCUCAGGACGUAGCUCUAUUGGAACGCCUCCCAAACUCCUGGUGGUGGAAGGAGUCUCUCUAUUGGAACGCCUCCCAAACUCCUGGUGGUGGAAAGAGUCUCUCUAUUGGAACGCCUCCCAAACUCCUGGUGGUGGAAGGAGUCUCUCUAUUGGAACGCCUCCCACUUCCUGGUGGCGGAAGGAGUCUCUCUAUUGGAACGCCUCCCACCUCCUGGUGGUGGAAGGAGUCUCUCUAUUGGAACGCCUCCCACCAGGAGGAGUCUCUCUAUUGGAACGCCUCCCACCUCCUGGUGGAAGGCGUCUCUAUUGGAACGCCUCCCACCUCCUGGUGGAAGGCGUCUCUCUAUUGGAACGCCUCCCACCUCCUGGUGGAAGGAGUCUCUAUUGGAACGCCUCCCACCUCCUGGUGGAAGGCGUCUCUCUAUUGGAACGCCUCCCACCUCCUGGUGGAAGGAGUCUCUAUUGGAACGCCUCCCACCUCCUGGUGGAAGGCGUCUCUCUAUUGGAACGCCUCCCACCUCCUGGUGGUGGAAGGCGUCUCUCUAUUGGAACGCCUCCCACCUCCUGGUGGUGGAAGGCGUCUCUCUAUUGGAACGCCUCCCACCUCCUGGUGGAAGGAGUCUCUAUUGGAACGCCUUCCACCUCCUGGUGGUGGAAGGCGUCUCUCUAUUGGAACGCCUCCCACCUCCUGGUGGUGGAAGGAGUCUCUCUAUUGGAACACCUCCCACCAACACCAGUACACACUGAACAUGCACCCUGCAUGACACUUGACGAAGGCUUUCUUUAGUGUUGACUGGCUUUACCCACAAUGCACUAAAACGGGGAUGAAGACACUGACCACAAUCUGUCCUAAACCAUCGGACAAACUGACUUAAUAUUGCGACAUCAUCGAUGACUCGUUGGUCUUGACCAAUGAGGACGUCUGCCGCUGUUGUGCAGGACGGGCGGUUUGGACCAGAUUGUCUGCUCUGCUAUCCUGGGACCUUUUGUGUAAAAUGGGCCAAUCAACAUACCGGCCCAGCGCCCCCAUCAGGGGACCCCCACAGGGGACCCCCAGAGGUACACCCACAGGGGACCCCCAGAGGUACCCCUCAGUCUGGUCACGCCCAGCGGUCGGAGCAUUGAGGCUGGUCUGACUCGUGUCACCUCAUCUGCAGCGGUCACACGUCCACAGAGGGUAACGGUUGAGUAGCGCUGCUGCUGGGCUCAAGAGCUCUGGGCCGGGGCGGUUCCACGCCCGUUGGCCCCCCCCCAGCCGGGGGCCCCCCCCAGCCGUGGGCCUGGGGGGUCCAGCUCUGAGCUCCGCUCGCCAGGUCUGGAAGGACCAAGGGAAGGAGCAGCGCUCAAGGACCAUCCUCAGCACCCUCUGGGGCCCCUCUGGACCCCUGCUCUGCUCAGAGGGCCCCUGGUUCCCCCCCAGGGGGGCUGGUGUUCCUAAGGGCCCCUGGUUCCCCCCCAGGUGGGCCGGAGUUCCUAAGGGCCCCUGAGGUACCCCCCCCAGAUGGGCCGGUGUACCCCCAGAUGGGAUGGGCGUCCUGACAUAAGGGCCCCUGGUGUACCCCCAGAUGGGCUGGUGGUCAUAAGGGCCCCUGGUGUACCCCCAGAUGGGGGGGGGCGUCCUGAAAUAAGGGCCCCUCAAAGUGUGUGUGACCAAUAAAUGUUAACUCUGUUCAUCGUUGAAUUUUAAUAAGCUUUUAUUAAACAAUUUUUAAUAUUUAAACAAUGGACUUUUCUCUAUAGUUUUAUUGCCAUGGAACGAAUAGAACAUGUCAGUUUAAAGAAAUAAAAAAAUGAAAAGCUGUAUA